AUGGACGAGAAAGAGCUCGGCGACGCCGAACAGCAUGAGGGUCCUCAAAUCGACCAGGUCAAAGUUAUCAAGGGAUCUGAAGCGUUCCACGAGGCCCUCCUGAAGGAGGAGCCACGGUUUCUGCACCCGCGGCUCCUCUUGCUCCUGCUGUGUACACUGCUGGGCUUCUCCUGCCAGACGAUGAACGGCUUUGAUGGAUCCUUGUUCGGCGGGUUGACGGCCAACAGCAAAUUUUUGGAUUACUUCAAUGGCACAAACGAUGGGAUAUGGGCUGGCCUGGUCAGUGCCAUGUACCAGAUCGGCGGCGUCGCGGCGCUGCCGUUCGUUGGUCCCGCCAUCGACACCUGGGGCCGGCGUGUCGGAAUGUUCAUCGGUGCCGUGAUAAUUAUCGUGGGGACAAUCAUCUCUGGCACGACAAAAUACAAUCCCUCGGUCGACCAAUUCAUGGCUGGGAGGUUCUUUCUUGGCUUUGGCGUCUCCAUUGCCAGUGCUGCGGGCCCGAUCUAUGUCGUCGAGACCUCUCAUCCUUACUACCGCGGCAUUCUCACGGCCUACUGCAACACCUUCUGGUUCACGGGUUCCAUCCUUGCUGCCGGCUCUGUUCUUGGAGCGUUGCACCUUCCCGGCACAAGGUCGUGGCAGAUCCCGGUAUGGCUGCAAUUGGUGUUCUCGUGCUUGAUCUGCCUGGGAGUCUUCUUCAUCCCCGAGUCACCCCGUUGGCUUUAUGUCCACAACAAGCGCGAGCGAGCCAAGAGUAUUCUGACCAAAUGGCACGGCCUGGGUGAUCCCGAAUCUCCUUGGGUGAAACUCCAGCUGUCCGAGUACGAGCAGUUCUUGAACACCGAAGGCUCAGACAAGCGAUGGUGGGACUAUCGCAAGCUGUUCAGCUCGCGGGCGUCUCGCUACCGCGUGGCGUGCAACUGCGUCUUUGUCAUAUUUGCCCAAUGGGCCGGCAACGGCGCUCUCACUUACUUCCUGCCCGCGGUCCUUGACACUGUCGGAUACAGCACCGACGAGGUCAAGGCAAAAAUCAACCUUGGAUACGCAUGCUUCCAGUAUGUGUUCGCGCUCAUCGGAGCCGGCUUGGUUGACCGGGUGGGUCGCCGACCGCUGAUGUUGUUCUCCAUGGGGACAUGCUGUGUCUGUUGGAUCGGAGUGGUUGCCGCGUCCGGCAUCUACAACACCACAGGCGAGACGAACCAGGACGCCGCUCGAGCUGUCAUCGCCAUGAUCUUCCUGUUCGGCGCUGUAUUUUCCGUCGGCAUCACGCCGCUCCAGGCGCUCUACCCGGUCGAGGUCCUGUCAUUCGAACUGCGCGCCAAGGGGAUGGCGUUUUCCAGCUUGUCAGUGAACGCGGCCGGGUUGCUCAACCAGUUCGCAUGGCCGGUCAGUCUGCAGCAGAUUGGGUGGAAGACGUAUUUCGUUUUUAUGGGUUGGUGCGUGGUGCAGACUGUCGUGUUCUAUUUCUUCCUGCCGGAGACGAGGCAGAGGACGCUCGAGGAGCUGGACGAGGUGUUUGCAGCUAGAAACCCGGUCAAGGCAUCGCUCAAGCGACACGAGUUGACCCUGACGUCGGAAAAGGAGGUCAUAGUGGUGAAGGACGCGUAA